AUGCCGCUGUUAACAAUCGAUGACAAUUUCUGUGGCCUGGACAUGAAUGCCCCCUUGGGAGUAUCAUCCAUGGUGAGAGGGCUCCCCAUUUACACUGAGGAUGGAGACAGGAUGACAUCUGUGAUUGCCUACGUCUACAAGAACCACUCCCUGGCUUUUGUGGGCACCAAGAGCGGGAAGCUCAAAAAGAUCCGUGUGGAUGGCACCACCAAGAACACCCUGGAGUAUGAGAUUGUGCAGGUGGUGGACACUGGCCCCAUCCUGAGGGACAUGGCCUUCUCAGUGGACCACGAGCACCUCUACAUCAUGUCUGAGAAGCAGCUCACCCGGGUGCCCGUGGAGUCGUGCAGCCAGUACGAGACCUGCAGCGAGUGCUUGGGCUCAGGAGACCCUCACUGUGGAUGGUGUGUCCUUCACAACACGUGCACGAGGAAGGAGCGGUGCGAGCGCUCCAGCGAGCCGCGGAGAUUCGCCUCGGAGAUGAAGCAGUGCGUCCGGCUCACCGUGCAUCCCAACAACAUCUCCGUGUCCCAGUACAACGUUUUGCUGGUCUUGGAGACCUACAACGUCCCCGAGCUGUCAGCAGGAGUCAACUGCACCUUCGAGGACCUUUCAGAGAUGGAUGGCCUGGUGGUGGGCAGUCAGAUCCAGUGCAUCUCACCAGCUGCCAAAGAGGUGCCCCAGAUCAUCACAGAGAACGGAGACCAUCACAUUGUGCAGCUUCAGCUCAAGUCCAAGGAGACGGGUAUGACCUUUGCCAGCACCAGCUUCGUCUUCUACAACUGCAGCGUCCACAACUCGUGUCUGUCAUGCGUGGAGAGCCCCUACAGGUGUCACUGGUGCAAGUACCGCCACGUGUGCACCCACGACCCCAGCUCCUGCUCCUUCCAGGAGGGACGAGUCAAGAUGCCUGAGGACUGUCCCCAGCUGCUGCAGGCUGAGAAGAUCCUGGUGCCGGUGGAAGUGAUCAAACCCAUCACGCUGAAGGCCAAGAACCUGCCCCAGCCUCAGUCGGGCCAGAGAGGCUACGAGUGCAUCCUGAACAUCCAGGGCAGCGAGCAGAGGGUGCCAGCCCUGAGGUUCAACAGCUCCAGUGUGCAGUGCCAGAACACUUCGUAUUCCUACGAAGGGAUGGAGAUUAACAGCCUGCCAGUGGAGCUGACUGUCGUGUGGAACGGGAAUUUCAACAUUGACAACCCGGCACAGAACAAAGUUCACCUGUACAAGUGUGGGGCCAUGAGGGACAGCUGUGGACUCUGCCUGAAAGCCGACCCCGACUUCGAGUGUGGCUGGUGCCAGGGACAGAACCAGUGCACGCUGAAGCAGCACUGCCCAGCCCAGGACAGCCAGUGGCUGGAGUUGUCCAGCACCAAGGGCAAGUGCACCAACCCCAAGAUCACGGAUAUCAACCCAGUGACGGGCCCUCGCGAGGGAGGGACCAAGGUGACGAUCCGUGGGGAGAACCUGGGGCUGGAGUUCCGGGACAUCGCGUCCCACGUCAAAGUGGCCGGCGUGGAGUGCAAACCUCUGGUGGAAGGGUACAUCCCUGCAGAGCAGAUAGUGUGUGAGAUGGGGGAGGCCAAGCCCAGCCAGCAUGCUGGAUUUGUGGAAAUCUGUGUGGCUGAGUGCAAACCAGAGUUCAUGGCCAGAUCUUCACAGCUCUAUUACUUCAUGACUCUGACUCUCUCUGACCUCAAGCCCAAGCGGGGACCAGUGUCGGGUGGCACCCAGGUGACAAUCACAGGCAACAACCUCAACGCUGGCAGCAACGUCAUCGUGACCUUUGGGAGACAGCCCUGCCUCUUCUACAGGAGAUCCACCAAGCACAUUGUCUGUAACACCACUGCCUCCUAUGAGGGCUUUGAGAAGGUGAAGGUGUCUGUGAGAGUGGACAAGGCCAAGAUACAUCAGGAGCUGCACUAUGAAUAUGUAGAGGAUCCAACCAUCCUGAGGAUCGAGCCUGAGUGGAGCAUCUUCAGUGGCAACACACCCAUUGCAGUGUGGGGAACUCACCUGGAUCUCAUCCAGAACCCUCAGAUCCGGGCGAAGCACGGUGGGAAGGAGCACGUCAACAACUGUGAGGUGCAGAACAGCACAGAGAUGACCUGCCAGGCCCCAGCCCUGGCUGUGGACCCCAAUCACCAGUCGGAGCUCGCCGAGCGCCCGGAGGAGUUUGGCUUCAUCCUUGACAACGUGCAGUCCCUGCUGAUCCUCAACAAAACCAACUUCACCUACUACCCCAACCCCAUCUUCGAGGUUUUCAACCCCUCGGGGAUCCUGGAGCUGAAGCCAGGAAGUCCCAUCAUCCUGAAGGGCAAGAACCUGAUCCCACCAGUGGCAGGAGGGAAUGCCAAGCUGAACUACACCGUUCUGGUUGGGGAGAAACCCUGUGCAGUGACUGUGUCAGAUGUGCAGCUGCUCUGUGAGUCCCCAAAUCUCAUUGGAAGGCACAAGGUGAUGGCUCGUGUAGGAGGCAUGGAGUUCUCCCCAGGGAUGGUCUACAUCUCUCCAGACAGCCCUCUGAGCCUGCCAGCCAUUGUCAGCAUUGCUGUGGCUGGUGGGCUGCUCAUCAUCUUCAUCGUGGCCGUGCUCAUCGCCUACAAGCGCAAGUCCCGGGAGAGCGACCUCACCCUCAAGCGCCUGCAGAUGCAGAUGGACAACCUGGAGUCCAGGGUGGCUCUGGAGUGCAAAGAAGCCUUUGCAGAGCUGCAGACAGAUAUCCACGAGCUGACCAGUGACCUGGAUGGAGCCGGGAUCCCUUUCCUGGAUUACAGAACCUACACCAUGAGGGUGCUUUUCCCUGGCAUUGAAGAUCACCCAGUUCUGAGGGAUCUGGAGGUCCCUGGCUACAGGCAGGAGAGGGUGGAGAAAGGCCUGAAGCUCUUUGCCCAGCUCAUCAACAACAAGGUGUUCCUGCUGUCCUUCAUCCGCACUCUGGAGUCCCAGCGCAGCUUCUCCAUGAGGGACCGCGGCAACGUGGCCUCGCUGAUCAUGACAGUGCUGCAGAGCAAGCUGGAAUAUGCCACUGAUGUCCUCAAACAGCUCCUGGCCGACCUCAUAGACAAAAACCUGGAGAGCAAGAACCACCCCAAGCUGCUGCUCCGGAGGACAGAGUCUGUGGCUGAGAAAAUGCUCACCAACUGGUUCACCUUCCUUCUCUACAAGUUCCUCAAGGAGUGUGCUGGAGAACCUCUCUUCUCCCUUUUCUGUGCCAUCAAGCAGCAGAUGGAGAAGGGUCCCAUCGAUUCCAUCACUGGGGAGGCCCGGUAUUCCCUGAGUGAGGACAAGCUCAUCCGACAGCAGAUUGACUACAAGACACUGGUCCUGAGCUGCGUGAACCCCGACAACGUGAACAGCCCCGAGAUCCCGGUGAAGAUCCUGAACUGUGACACCAUCACGCAGGUCAAGGAGAAGAUCCUGGAUGCCAUCUUCAAGAACGUGCCCUGCUCCCACCGCCCCAAGGCUGCUGACAUGGAUUUGGAGUGGAGACAAGCAAGUGGGGCAAGGAUGAUCCUGCAGGAUGAAGACAUCACAACCAAGAUAGAGAAUGACUGGAAGAGGCUCAACACCCUGGCACACUACCAGGUGCCAGAUGGAUCUGUGGUAGCUUUAGUCUCCAAGCAAGUCACUGCCUACAAUGCAGUCAACAACUCCACAGUCUCCAGGACGUCAGCCAGCAAGUAUGAAAACAUGAUCCGCUACACGGGGAGCCCCGACAGCCUCCGGUCCCGAACCCCCAUGAUCACCCCCGACCUGGAGAGCGGGGUCAAGAUGUGGCACUUGGUGAAGAACCACGAGCACGGUGACCAAAAAGAGGGUGACAGGGGCAGCAAGAUGGUUUCUGAGAUCUACCUGACCAGACUUCUUGCCACCAAGGGCACCCUCCAGAAGUUUGUAGAUGACCUCUUUGAGACCAUCUUCAGCACUGCCCACCGUGGCAGUGCCCUCCCCCUGGCUAUCAAGUACAUGUUUGAUUUCCUGGAUGAGCAGGCUGACAAACACAACAUCCACGACCCCCACGUGAGGCACACCUGGAAGAGCAACUGCCUCCCCUUAAGGUUCUGGGUCAACAUGAUCAAGAACCCACAGUUUGUCUUCGACAUCCACAAAAACAGCAUCACGGAUGCCUGUCUGUCUGUGGUGGCCCAGACCUUCAUGGACUCCUGUUCCACCUCAGAGCACCGGCUGGGCAAAGACUCCCCCUCCAACAAGCUCCUCUACGCCAAGGACAUCCCCAGCUACAAGAACUGGGUGGAAAGGUACUACUCAGACAUUGCCAAAAUGCCAGCCAUCAGUGACCAGGACAUGAAUGCCUACCUGGCUGAGCAGUCCCGCAUGCACAUGAACGAGUUCAACACCAUGAGCGCGCUCUCAGAGAUCUACUCCUACGUGGGCAAGUACAGCGAGGAGAUUCUCGGAGCCCUCGACCAAGACGACCAGGCUGGGAAACAGAAACUUGCCUACAAACUUGAACAAGUCAUAACCCUCAUGAGCAUAGACAGCUGAGAACUGUCCUGCCAGGGCCACCCUGGGAGGGAUAAACCAAGUCGUGCCUCACUCAAGAUCAUCAUCUUUACCAAGUGCAAGUUUUGAUGGGCUGUAAGCAGAGUCACCCACACAGCUCCUCUCUCAUUCUCUCUCUCUUUCUCUCCCCCAUUUCUCUCUCUUUCCAAAUCUAUGGACGAAGUGACAGAGCCCCAGGGGUUAAAGGAAAAGACUGCAGAGGAAUCUUGGCUCUGGGGCCAUGGAGACAUUCAGGUGGAGCUCUCCUUUUCACAGCUUCCCCUCUGCCUUCACCCUAGAGAAAAACUAUUAAACACACAAAAAAACACCCCCCACAAACCCUCCCCCAACAUCUCAUCAUCACUCUGCAGAGGCAAAAUUGGGAGGUAACUUCUGUCAUGCUGCUUUAACUGCCCUCCAAGGGCUUGUAGCCCCUGGAGGGGACAUGGAAAUGAACUCAGUAUUACUCAAAGUCUCCCCAAGGGGAAGGCAGCUGCCUGCAGGGAUCCUGGAGGGCAGAGCAAAUCCAGCUCCUCUCCUGCAGAGCCAUCACAACUCUAUCUCCUGAGAGUGACCCACCAGGAGAGGAACCCCAAGGCUCCCCGGAAAACGCCAGAGUGGGACCACUGUGGCUCUGACCUGCCUGGUGUAGCUGCUCCCUUGGGGCAGGGAAAGGGUCAAGAGGGGAGGAGGAGACCAACUCUCCCCUGCCUAUGUGUUUCAUAUGGUUAUUCUUAUUUUUCCAAGAGACACGUGUCCCCCUCCGUCUUUCCCAUCGUGUCCUGUUGGUCGUAGCACUGCGGCAAAAUUGCUCUCUCUGCUCAGUGGCCUCCUGUCAGUGGUGGUUCUGCUCCUUCUGGCAAUGGACAGCACAGCAUCUCCCUUGUUCCCACCUCAGCUUGGAAAGCAAGAGCCACAGGUCUCAUUUUGUUCCAUCCUCAACAAAAAAAAAAACAAAAAACAAACACAUAAACAAAAAAAAACAACAAACCACCUAGAGGGAUUUUUUUUUUUUAAAGCUGUUAAUUCUUUCCAUUUUGUUUCCUCAACUGGAACAAAGGUGUUGUUUUCUCCUGGUGGAAUAUCAGAAGGACACUGAAGGGUUUUCCAGGAACCAAGGUGGUGCACAGGACUGAUGGUAAAACCUUCCUUCCAAGCCACUCCUAAGAGGAAAUGUCACCACACGUGAAAAAAUCUUGGAGGAAAUCCAAAUGAAACAGUGCAAAAAAAUUCUUCUACCUGCAGCUGAACUGCUGGUCUUCUGGAGGUCUCUCUGAAGCCCAUCUGCCUUUUGAUGCCAAUUCCUGGCCUUUCCUCCUGUCCACCUCUGGAACCAACAGGCCUUGCUGAAGGAUUUUAUCUCUCUUUGCACCUCUUACCCCUUCAGAGAUCACUGUCACCGCAGGACAAUUGUAGGUGAUCACCCUGUCCCAUCCUCUGCUCAGCUCCUCCAGAACAACAUCUCAACCUGUUUCAUGGCCAACCAAAGAGGAGUGAACUCCUCCAUCUCCCCUGCCUUUGGCUGUUCUGUUCACACAGCCUGGAUAACACCAUGGUUAGAGACCCUCGAGGUGUGGAGAACCUUGUACACCGUGGAGGCAAGAGCUGGGGCUGCAUUCACCUCCCCAGAAACCAACAGAGCUCACUCCCAGAUGGAGGAGUGGCUGGAGAAUCAGCCCACGUCCACCUCAUCAUCCUCAGAGCUCCAGCCUGCGUCUACUUUGCACCUGGAGGGAGAAAGGGGUAAAGACAGGGUGUGUAAAUUGAUUGGAGAACGAGUGCAUUUGGGUUUAUUGAUGCCUUUUGCUGUCCAACCAGAACCUCCUCAGAGUGACAGACCACAAGUGCAUGGAAAAAUGGGGGGGGGGUGGUGGUGCAAACAGGGGUCAGUCAGCAAGCAGGUUUCCCUCAGCCAAGCAGAUACACACACAGGCAAGUGUUUCCAAAAACCAUUUCCGACAGCAGUCCCAAACUGGAUGUGUCUUUGGGGAGAACAUCACAAAAUUCACAUUGAAACAGCAAACUUAGGGACACGUCUUGGUUUUAAAACCCCAGACAUUUCUCCCUUGAUUCUGAUUAUUCUUAUUUUGUGUGUGUGUGUGUGUGUGUGUGUGUGUGUGUGUAUCUGUGUGCGCGCGUGUGUGUUCCUCCCCUUUUAAUUUUGCUUGCUUUCUGUUGGAUUGCUGAGCUGAUGGACUCAUCAUGCACCUUAUGGACAUCUCAGCAUCUUUAAGAGGCCUGUGCACAGGGGAUGGUUUGGGUUUGCUUGGUUCUGCCACGGUUUUUUUGCUCCAUUUGGCGGCGUCGGCGCAUGUUCCAGAUCCAUUGAUUAUGGCUGUGAAAGUGGGCUUGGAAUUCCCACCAGAGCCAGUGGUAAGGAAGUGACAACAACAACGACACAAACACGAUAUUUUUUUAUAAGUACGUUAAAAAA